AUGGCGGCCACCAGAAGGCUGAUGAAGGCUUAUUGUUCCUUUGAUAAGGGGGCCUUCAGAACUGAAAUCAACUUUCCAGCAGAGUAUCCAUUCAAACCACCGAAGAUCACAUUUAAAACAAAGAUCUAUCACCCCAACAUUGAUGACAAAGGGCAGUUCUGUCUGCCUGUUAUUAGUGCUGAGAAUUGGAAGCCAGCAACCAAGACCGUCCAAGUAAUCCAGUCCCUCAUAGCACUGGUGAAUGACCCCCAGCCUGAGCACCCCCUCCGGGCUGACCUAGCUGAAGAAUACUCUAAGGAGCCUAAAAAAUUCUGUAAGAACGCUGAAGAGUUUACAAAGAAAUAUGGGGAAAAGCGACCUGUGGACUGA